AUGGGCCUGUUCUCAAAGAAAUGGAAUCCUGACGGCAAGCAUGUUUACAUUACAGGUGGUAGCACUGGCCUGGGACUCAGCCUUGCUCAGCUUCUGACGCGAAAGGGAGCACAUGUAUCAAUUGUCGCGAGAAACAAGGACAAGUUGGACGCGGCCCUUGCGUCAUUUGAGAAAGAACGCGUGAGUCCUUCCCAAGUCCUGAAAGCCUACUCGCAUGCAUUGGAUACGGCUGCUGCGUCGACCGAGGCACUCGAAGCUGUCUGCGAGCCGUUUGGAGGUCAAGCCCCUGAUGCGAUAAUUAUGUGUGCUGGCGCCUCAAAACCCAUGUUCUUCGUGGAGAUGACCGAGGAGGACUUGGUAAACGGGAUGACGAAUGGGUACUGGGUGCAAGCUUGGACGGCCUGGGCAGCAGCCAAGAAGAUGGCCAAGCAGCAUAGAGCAGGCUCGAAGAUCGUCUUUGUGUCUUCCACUCUGGGGUACAUGACCUUCAUCGGCUGGGCGUCGUACUCCCCACCCAAACACGCUCUACGAGGUCUCGCGGACACGUUACAAUCCGAACUGAUGCUCUACGGCGUGGAUGUGCACAUCUUCUUUCCACCGUCGAUGUUUACACCCGGGUUUGAUGAAGAGAACAAGACGAAGCCUGCCAUCGUCAGGAAGAUUGAGAGCGCGGACGAAGGGAUCACGCCAGAACAGGCUGCGGUGACUUUGUUCAAGGGGGUGCAAAAUGGAGAGGCCCAUAUAACUGCCGAUCUCAUUACAACUCUCCUCAGGGCGUCAACGCGUGGCCCGAGUUACAGGUCUAAUUGGUUUUUGGACGCACUGUACGACAUGGUUGCCUAUAUUGCUAUGCCUGUCUGGAGAUCAUCUGUGGACAAGCAAGUUGUGGAACACCGAGAAGAGCAUGAGCGUUAUCUCUCCCAACAGGGUUUCUUCUCAUAG